CCAAACUUGGGCCUUAGCAUAAAUAGAAACUUCUAUUUCGUAUCCUAUCACAAAUAUAAUACAAAAAUAUGUAGUUUGGGAACGGAAUUUCCAGUAUAGAUCUUCGGAUUCUUUGAGGAAUAUUGAGAAUGACAUCUUCAUUCCCUGCAAAACAUCGGAUGCCGGCCGCCAUGCACGGUGGCGUCAGGCUCCCUCCGAGACUCGCCGACGCACGUACGAACUCGGAGCUCGUAAGCGAGUUUGUGAAUAUUCCGACGAGGAAGCCGGUGACGACGGCGAGCGGAGGUGGGGAGUGUGAGCAGAAGUUGACGAAGCUGUUGUUGAAUGUGAACAUUCAGAACAGUUUGGGACCGGUGCACGUGGUGAUGUCGCCGGAAAACAGCGUCGCCGAUUUGAUAAGGGCGGCGGUGGAGAUUUACGCGAAGGAGAAGCGGCGGCCGUUGCUGGCUAGCACUGAUCCCGCCCGUUACGAGCUUCAUUACUCGCAGUUCAGUCUUGAGAGUUUGAAGCCAGAGGAAUUCCUGAAAAACUUGAAAUCAAGAAAAUUUUUCUUGUGCCUAAAUUCAAAUUACACCAUGAUGUAAUUAAGUUCUCAAUGUUACCAACUUGUAUUUCAACAUCGCAUGUAAAGUAAUUUAAAUUUGAAACUCAAUGUUUCGUUACACCUAAGUGCAUCUUUAUGUCACAAAUGAAAA